CGCCUCUGCUUUAUAACACCCCCUCCCACCUGCCAUUCUAUCUGAUCACCAUUAAUACAAUCAUCCUAGCUCAGCUCCUUCCAAACCAACCAACAAAAAAAUCUCAUCAAAUCAAACACUUCUCUCAAACCAAACAGACCCUUAAAGAAUCAAUCUAUAAUUCAGCCGGAAAAUCUCCAUCUCCGAUCGAUGGCUAAGAAGAAGAUGAUGAAGCUCCAUAUACUCCCUUCCGUUUUCAACAAGAACAGAGAAGGGGAAGAGAAUCUCAAUUCCUGGCAAUGGAAUUCCUGCACCAACGCAAAGACUCUGUCUUUUCGCUCCAACGCCGCCGUCUCCGGCGGAGACGCCAUGUUCAAGACCGUCAACUCCGUCUACCUCGACCCCUCCGACGGCGUCGAGACGCCGGAGUCAUGGUUCACCAACAGCACCUCAGAAUCCGCUAGCUUCUCGGCGGAGUCCGACGACGAGCAGAUCAUUAUCACCGGAGUGAGGUCGGACCGUCUGUUCUUCGACCGCAGCGGUACCAGCUCCUCCAUAGCCAAGCCGGAACCCUCGCCGGAAAAUCAAGAAAAUGUUGAAAAACAGAGAGAAGAGGAAAAAGAUGCUGGAGAAGUGGGUCCUCCGUUCGAAGAGAGUGUGAUGGUAUCCAUGGAUUCCGACGACCCAUACCUUGACUUCAAGAAAUCAAUGGCGGAAAUGGUGGAGAGCAGCGGAAUCAACGAUUGGGAUUCAUUGCAGGAGCUUCUGGGAUGGUAUUUGAAGAUGAAUUCGAAGAUGAAUCAUGGGGUUAUAGUCAGAGCAUUUAUGGAUUUGCUGGUUGGACUGAUCUCUCCUCCUUCGUGUUCUUCAUCCUGCUGCUCUUCGUCAUCUUCUGCAAAUGCUGUAAGAACAUCAUAUUCAUCGGCUGUUUCUUGCCUCUCUUCUCCAGCAAAUUCUCCUCUGGCAUCGCUUGUCGGUAGAUCUCAUGGAGGUUGAGGGCGAACAGCGAUGAUUCUCUUCAAUUCCAAUGUUUAUUCUAGGCUAUACUCUUUGUAUAUUCACUAUAUUGUAUGGCAUUGUAUAUACUUCCUCCGUUCCUUUUUAAUUGCAACAGUCAACUUUUCACGUUUGCCAACGCACGAGUUUGACCAUUAAUAUCUUUCAUUCCAUAUUAGUGAAAAAUUAAAAAAAAUCAUAUUCUGAAACUUUAGAAUGAGAAGAAUUUAAAAAUAUUUUUAAAAAAUUUAAUGUAUAAUACAUUAAUAAAUAAAAUAUAGUCAAAGUAGAAUAUGUGAAUAGUGCAAAAAGUCCAAUGUUGCAAUUAAAAGAGAACGGAGGUAGUAUUAUUAUUAGAAGAAAAAAGCUAUGGUCUUUUUUCCAUCUUGCUUGAAAAAAAUCUCUUGUGGAUGACUGGAUUCUGCUGGAAAAUCAAUAGAACUUAGAGCGCAAUUUGAUAAUACUCAAAUUGAUUAUGUUGGUUGAAAUUUAUGAAGUUUUGAUCGAAGUGGUUG